UUCUCGAAAACUCUAAACUCAUGGGCUAUUUUGAAAUAAACAUAAAAUACGGGCACCCAAUGCUAAACCCUUGGUAACUCCCAUCUCCCUUAUAUAUAAAUCCACAACCAACCGCAAAAUCCCCAUCGCAAACCCUAGCAGCGCUUCACUCUCUCAUCUCCCGCCGCAGCGCCACCACACAUUCACAGCACCGCCGCGAAAAAAUGGGUCGUGUCCGCACCAAGACCGUGAAGAAGUCCUCGAGGCAGGUCAUCGAGCGCUACUACGCGAAGAUGACGCUGGAUUUCCACACCAACAAGAAGAUUCUGGAGGAGGUCGCCAUCAUCCCGUCCAAGCGUCUCCGCAACAAGAUCGCCGGAUUCUCCACCCACCUGAUGAAGCGUAUCCAGAAGGGGCCGGUGCGUGGUAUCUCGCUCAAGCUGCAGGAGGAGGAGCGCGAGCGCCGCAUGGACUUCGUCCCCGACGAGUCCGCCAUUAAGAUCGACCGCAUCGAGGUCGAUCAGGAGACCGUCGACUUGCUCGAGUCGCUCGGAAUGAAGGAUCUGCCCGGUGUCGUUCUCAGAGAGGACGAUGGAGCCAUGGGCGCCGCGCCGCAGGUGAGCUACGGCCGCGGAACCGGUACGAGGCGAUACUGAGAGGUUUUUAGAAUUAAGUUUUAUUUAAUGUUUUUCGCGUCUCCUUCUUUAUUGUGCUUUUUUGGAUAAUGGAUAAUUGUUCGUUUUCGUUUUAAACAUUGUUGAUGCUACUUUGAGAUUUUGAAGUUUGUUAGAUGAAUUAAACUUUCUUAUGGUGAA